AUGAAUUCCUUAUCCAUAUUUUCACUUUUCUUAUUCAUUCUCUUUUGCGAGGCGCAAACGAAUUGCAAACUGAAUGUGAAAUUUCGAUCAAAGACGAGCAAACCGGUCCAAGUCGAUAUGAUCAUCCCGGGUGCUCUCAUCAAAAUGGAACCAUUUGUGAUGAGUCGAAUGAAUCAAAAUAAAAGUGUCAUGGUGAAAGGUGAUGGUUGUGAGAAGAAACAUUGGGUGGUGAGAACAUGGAAAGAGGAUGAAGAAGAGGAAAGUGGAUGGAAGUUGGCAAAGAAAAUUCAGAUGAGAUUGUACGGAAAUGGAGGAUGGAUCCGAAUUCUGAUCGAAGAUGAUUACACGCCUCGUUUAAUGGACAGAAUGGGAGUGAUUUGCAGUGAUGGAGCUUGUGGGAAA